GCGAUCGCUUCGCCCCAUCCAGCGCAGAGACUGGCGCACAUUUCCCCGGGAUUCUUUUAGAAGGUACAUUAUCAAUGAUGGCUAAGAGAGUAACUAGCCAGAAAGAGGAUCUGAUUGCGCCAUGAUUAGUUGGUUAAGGCCUGCUAUGGAUUCCACUUUGUUUAUUACUUACAUUUUGUGGGCAAAUUGGAGUAUUAUCUCGCCUGUCGCACCGCAUCACUGACAGUAUCCUCCCGCCACGUCAGCAGCCGCAGAAGCUUCAGUAAAGGACUUGCCGGGACGGGGCCCAUGUUGCGCUGGAAAGUUUCAGUUUGUCGCUCUCCGGCUCGGAUGUGAGGGGUAUAAGCUGAGCAGGAGGGAGGGUUCUGAUGUCUCCUGCCAACACUCUGUGCCCUCUGUGCUUGCACUCUUAUGUGCGUGGGAUGCCCAGAAUGCGGGGAGGACAGUUAUUAGGGCUCAUCUCUGUCCCUAUCUUAAUAUCAAUGGUGUGUUCUACCCAAAGUGUCAAUGAUCCUGGUAACAUGUCCUUUGUGAAAGAAACAGUGGAUAAGUUGUUGAAAGGUUAUGACAUUCGCCUAAGGCCAGAUUUUGGAGGUUCUCCAGUUGCUGUUGGAAUGAAUAUAGACAUUGCUAGCAUUGACAUGGUUUCCGAAGUUAACAUGGAUUACACCCUGACUAUGUACUUUCAGCAGUACUGGAGAGACAAAAGGCUAGCUUAUACUGGAAUCCCACUCAACCUCACUCUGGACAACCGAGUGGCAGAUCAGCUCUGGGUUCCUGACACUUAUUUUCUUAAUGACAAAAAGUCCUUUGUACAUGGAGUUACAGUGAAAAAUCGAAUGAUACGGCUUCAUCCAGAUGGGACAGUUUUAUAUGGUCUGAGAAUAACAACAACAGCUGCGUGCAUGAUGGACUUAAGGAGGUACCCACUGGAUGAGCAGAAUUGCACUCUUGAGAUAGAAAGCUAUGGUUACACAACAGACGACAUUGAAUUUUACUGGCUAGGAGGGGAUAAUGCUGUCACUGGUGUAGAAAGGAUUGAACUUCCACAAUUUUCCAUAAUGGAUCAUAAGCUGGUAUCAAAGAAUGUUGUGUUUGCUACAGGCUCAUAUCCCAGACUUUCGCUAAGCUUUAAAUUGAAGCGGAACAUUGGGUACUUCAUUCUUCAAACUUACAUGCCAUCCAUACUGAUCACAAUUUUAUCCUGGGUAUCUUUUUGGAUUAAUUAUGAUGCAUCAGCAGCACGUGUUGCCCUAGGAAUUACGACAGUGCUGACAAUGACAACUAUCAAUACUCAUCUACGAGAGACAUUGCCGAAAAUUCCCUAUGUUAAAGCCAUUGAUAUGUAUUUGAUGGGAUGUUUUGUAUUUGUAUUCCUGGCCUUACUGGAAUAUGCCUUUGUAAACUACAUCUUCUUUGGAAGAGGUCCCCAAAUGCAAAAGAAGCUUGCAGAAAAGAGUGCAAAAUCAAACAAGGAUCACUCCAAAUUUGAAAGCAAUAGGGUGGAUGCCCAUGGAAAUAUAUUACUUACAACACUUGAAAUCCACAAUGAAGUAACCGGCAAUGAAAUAACCACAAGCGUAAGCGAUGCAAGAAAUUCAGCCACAUCCUUUGAUAACUCAGGAAUCCAGUACAGAAAACAGAGUACAGCUCGAGAUAGUCUUGGGCGGCGAACUGCAGACAGAAAUCAUCCUCCAAAGAAAACCCAUUUGCGGAGGAGGUCUUCCCAGCUAAAAAUUAAGAUACCUGAUUUAACGGACGUGAACGCCAUUGAUAGGUGGUCAAGAAUAGUCUUCCCUAUAACAUUCUCUCUCUUCAAUUUAAUCUACUGGCUAUAUUAUAUUAACUGACAAGCUAUGCCUAUGGACACUCAAUAGUCAAAGAACAAAUAUAGUUUUUGAUUGUAUGCAAAUAAGAAACCUUUUUUAUGCAUACUUGGUCCUGAUAUGAAUGUAUGUGCACUAUCCGUGCUCACUCAUUCAUGUAAGCAUGUAUAUUCUGUGACUGUGGACAAUUUUUCAAGGAACCACAAGAAUUAUUUUUAAGCUUUGGACAAUGCAGAUCUUUUUAGAAGGAACUACAUGCCUUUCAGCCAUCUGAAUACUGCUUGUGAUAUACAAAUAACAAGUUCUGAUUUUGACAACUGGAUUGCCGCCAUCAUCUUAUUGUUUACUUUUAACAUUAGAAGCUACCACUAGGAUAGCUAGUGUCCUGCUACUAGUGCACAAUGGCAAUUGUACUAUUCUUAUUUAGAGUAUAUACUGUUUCUAGCGUCUUCUUUCAUUCUAUGUAUUCCUUAACGCCUGUAAUAAGUUAUUAUACAUGUUUGGUACUGUCUUUUUCACAUCCAAUAUAUUGUUCUGUUAUGGCACAAAAUGCAUUCUUUUGACAGUGUUUGGGGGUCCAUCUGAAAGCACUGAAUCUUUACAAACUGAUGGAUUCCACUUUUUAUGUCCUACAGAAUAUUGUACAGUAUAUUUUUUCACUUAACACCAGUUAUAGAAAACUUGUGAAAAUAACCACCCUUCCCCCUUUUGAAUGCACUGAGUAUUUAAACAUGCCAGUGUUAUCUGGCUAUACAUGCCUAAACUAUUAAAAUGAUGCUAAAUGGGACCUUUCACCUAUUGGUUAAGUCCAUGUCUGUAUGGAGAUAACAGCAUUUACCAGAGGUGUCAUUUUGUACACCUCUGUGUCAGAGCUACUGACUGCUUGUGGGGUUUAAAUAGUAAGCUCUAGGUCAUACAGCAUUCAGGAUCAGUCCUGUCAUCACAUACAGUAUGUCAUACACUAAAGAAAUCUGAAGGGGCAUUCCGAAUCCUUUAUGAAUGCCUUUUAUUUAAUUUAUUUACUUCUACUUUAAAGCGACUAGUAGCUCCAAAAUUUAAAGCACACACUCCGGCUAAAGGCUGAGAAUACAAAUGUUGCCUGUUUGGGCCGAUAUGUACUUAUAGAGCCAAUUCAAAAAUAGCACGUAAACUUAAUCAUUUAAAAACUCUAUCGCACACACAGCAUUAACAUUGGUACUAUUUAGCAUGGGUGAUUAAAAUACAGACCAUUGCAUUUUGUAACAUUUUCAUUGAUAGGAAUAGGAUUAGUUCACUAAUUAGAAGGAAUAUUUACAAUGUACCUCUGCCCACAUCUCAAAUACAAAAUAACUUCUUUUUAAACUCUCAGAGCAGUCUAACCUUUAAUGGUGCACAUUUAGCCGGUAGGUGAAAGUCCAACCUUAAUAACAUCCAUCUCAGGAUAUUUGAUACUUACACAAGCACAUUUCAUUUUUUUUUUAAAGAAAAGUACACUCAUCCUUCAUUAUUAUUAUUAUUAUUAUUAUUAUUAUUAUUAAACUGCAUGUUUAUGUGGCAUAUAUUUACAGAGUAUGCAUAUAUAAGUAUCAUUUAUCGAGGGGAUUCAUUUUUUGCUUGAUAUUGUGGCAGCAUGCAUUGUCAUACUUUCCUUUCUGUUAAUGAGUCACAGACUCUACUGAUACAAUAGUUAGACAUAUAUUCACUGAUGUACAUUUUGCUUUAUACAUAUAUACUAGCAAAUCCCCCAAAUAUUUAGCAUGACUUUGUCACAAAUAAUACCUUAGAGCACAAUAUAUCUAAUUUAAACAUGAAAAUGUUUAAUAUGCAAAGAUUUCUAACCUAUCAUUUUGAUUUUAUUCAAAACAUACUUUAGUCCCUCAUUGAAAUCGACAUUUAUAAAACUAAAAACUGGUGAUUACAAAUGAAGCUGCAUCAAUUUCUGAACUAUUAAUAUGAUUUACUUUUUAUCUAAACUAGCAAUUUCUUAAAAGAAAUAGAUAAUAUAUUUUUUGUAUGUCACCUUUAUAUGACUAUCUUCCAGUACAAUUGAUGUUCUCUGUUGUAAAAGUGAAAAACAAAUUUAUGUUGAAUUACUGUAGAUUAGGCUGAUUUCAGUAAUGUUAUGUCCUUAAAGGUGUGCUCCAACUGCACAUUUAUUUUUCAUUAGAUGGUAGUUAUCCUUUAUUGAAAAAUAUCUGGAAAUCUUUAUAAAUAUAAGCUGCAACAUAGGCCUAAUAGAAAAUGGAAUAAUAUACUCAACUGCUGGGAAAUAUGUUGAGUGAAUUGGCAGGAACAGGGUUAAAAAAAUUAGCUUUAAAAAACGUUUCUAACGACAGCUGGCAUUGUUAUUAUUAUGUUUAUCUGUCUGUAAAUUUGCUUAAGUUCCUGUGGGUUAAUGAAAGCCAUUUUAUUUUAUUCUGAAAGUCAAAACAGGAGAAGCCACAGUGUCCCGCUGGGACCCCUACAAGAAAGCAGACCUGGCAACUGGUUUUGGAUUUAUUAUAAAAUGCCCACUUUAUGUAUCCAUAGAAAUGAUUUAUAUAGUUAAAUAUAUGAAUUAGAUGUAUUUACAUUGUAUGUGGAAAAACAUUUUGCAUUUAAAAAUCUUGCUUUGUUCUUGUGCAUAUCUGUUCUAUGUAAUUAAUUGAAAUUACCUUUAAAGGUAACCUAUACCCCCAAAUGCAUACUUAAAGGACACUUAUCAUGCCCAUAUUGCUUCCCCCACUGGAGGUUCGGGCUAAUAGAGCCUACACUCCAGAUUGGGGAAAAAUAGUUUUUCUUAAAAAAAAACACCCCUGCCACACCCGGCUACCCACACCGGAAGUUUCUGGUGUAGGCAGCCAUGUUGUGGCACUCGCUCAUUAUGCCCAUGAUGUAGGAGGGUGAGUGGCAGAGACUGAUCCUAUGUCAGGCGCAUGAGCAUAAUGAGCAAGUGGGGAAGAUACGCUUAUUAUGCUCUGUGGCCAAACAACAUGAACGUCUGCACCAAGAGCUCCCCAGUGUACAGGCUGUAUUAGUCCACACCUCUGGUAGGAGGAAACAAUAUGGGAGUAAUAGGUGCAUUUUAAACAAAAGAUAGUUUAUAUUAUUAUUAUAUUAUUACGUGGCCUAUCUAACCAAACUACCAAGAAUCUUACAGAAAUAUACUGUAUAUCGGUAAAUAUUACCCUUUAUACCCUUUUCCAUUGAGCCAUUUGUAAAAGACAGAACUCUGUCUAUUUAUUGGUUAAUGUGACCUAACACGAAUCUGUGCCCUUGGUUUGUUUGUGUGCACUGUGAAUCCUAUGAUCCCAGAGGACGGCCCUUAGAAAUUAAAAUGGCAGUUUCUAUUUAAGAUAACCCAAUGGCACAUACCACUAGUAAAGUUUAUUUUCAUGAAAAUUACUUAUUUAGAUGAAGCAGGGUUUUACAUAUGAACUGAUCAAUGCAACAUAUUUUCAUAGAGACUUACAUUGUUCGGGGGUAUAGUUUUCCUUUAAUACAAGUAUGGGAUUGAUUAGUUAGAAUAUCUGGGACCUGGGAUUUUCCAAAUAAAUGGUCUUUGGUGUGUCUGUAACACGAGGCUUAAAAGCUAAAAAAUUAUGAAAAUAUAGAAAUUAUUGUUUUACCGUUAUAGUUUUUGUUAAUAAACCUGAUUUGUAAAGUAGAGCACUUUUAAUAAUAAAUCCCAUACAUGUACCAAUAUUUUUGAAACUCCUGUGACUUCACCAAUAGUUAAAAUUUUGUAUAAAGAGUCUUAUACAAAGUAUUAGAACACAUUUUUUUUUAAAGGACAUCUAUGUUGCAUUUAUGCUAUAAUCACAGGUUUCCUUAUGAAGAUGUAUUCAUGAUUAAUCUUGGCCUUCCUUAACCAUUCCCAGGAAUCCCCAAAUAGCUGAUCAAGGGGGUGUAAAUUGGACCCACCCCCUGCUGUGCAUGAAUGCGAUCACAAUUUCAUUACAGUGAAUCAUUGGAUGCUUUCAUAGUAAGGGGUUAUUUACACAAAUGUGAGUACUCAUCCAAGUAUUUUUGAAACCUCUAAUUGGCUUUAUUAAAAUAAAAAAACUCAAAAAGUUUCUAGAAAAAACGUGGCAAGUAAAAGCUGACAAGGAUCUACAAAAAUGAAUGUGAAUUGUCCCAAGCAAUUUUAUUUAUUCAUUGAUUUUUCCCAGUUUAUUAAAAAAAUAUUCAAUUUAUUUAAAUUAAAUUGAUUUAUUAAAAAAAGAUUCUCCUUGAAAACUUAAUGGCAUAAUGUGAUCCCUGCUGAUGUGCAGGUGUUUUGGGGGUAAAAACAUGAACUAUUCGGUUUGAGUAUUUCCUUAAGAUGAAUGUACAGGUAUGGGAAGACCAUCUCGCAUGGACUCCAUUUUAAGCAAAUAAUUCAAAUUUUUCUCUGUAAUAAUAAAACAGUACCUGUACUUGAUCCCAACUAAGAUAUAAUUACUCCUUAUUGGAAGCAAAGCAAUCCUAUUGGGUUUAUUUAAUGUUUAAAUAAUCUUUUAGUAGACGUAAGAUAUGGAGAUCCAAAUUCCGGAAAGAUCCCUCAUCUGGAAAACCCGAGGUCCUGAGCAUACUGGAUAAUAGGUCCCAUACCUGUACAUGAAUGUAAAUAAGCUCCACUUAUGUGUUGAUGUGAGCAAUGUAUAAUCUGUGUAAAGUGCUAAGGAAUUGUCAGUUCUAUAUAAACAAAGGAUAAUCAUUGUUUCCCUGUUUCUAUUAUUAGCAAAUAUACCCUACUUGUUUACAUGCAUAGCUUCAUAGAUCAGCUGUUUGGCUGAGAUUGCCUAAUGUCAUAAGGAGACCUGCACUCAUUUGUAUAAAAAUUAUGACCAUCUGUUUAACUUUCCAUUUUAGGUACUCCCCUCCCACAUUGUGUUUCCAAGGUCAAAAAAUUGCAAAAGUUCUAGAUUAGGCUUUGAUUCCUUUGUUCUAACCUUGUCAAGUUCUUAUCUACAAUGUCUGCUUAAUAUAAUCCCAGUGACUUUGUAUUCUUAGCUUCUGUAGGUUACGCCAUUAAGGAUAUAUUAGAUGUACCAUGAUAAAUAUUUCACUUCCCUGGCUACUUUGCUCAUGGGAAAUAUGAUUAUGUAUGUUGGAUCACACCUUUUCUAAUAUGUGUAGUGUAUUUCCUCCUUUUUAUUAAUGAAACCUUUUUAGGUUUGCGGUUUUGCAGAAGAUGUCAGUUAUGGAUGCAGAUUUUUGGUUUGUUAUGCUAGUUACCAUCUUGAUUUUAUUGAAUCAUGAAACUAUCUUCCAUUGUUAAGACCUUACAGUAGAUUGAUCCAUUUUUUUCUUGGAAGCAUCUAUUUUUUAGUAUUCUGUGGCUUUGGAAAUGAACACAGACUAUAUGAAAUUAUUGAAUGUUUUUUUUAUUAAAAAUAUAUACAUUU